CCCGUCCUCCGAAUACCGCUGUGGCAAAAAGGCAUGAACGCUUGUAACGAUAAGGAGAAAUACAUCGCUGGCAGACGCACGGAAGAGGACGGGGUCGCUCUCUGUUAUGUGAGAAUGUGUGAACGUCAGACCUUUGUGAAGCUCAGCGAAGAGAAGCUCAUACCAAAGUCUGACGUCUUGUCACUGCUGAGAACCUACAACUGCUACCAUGAGGGAAAGAACUUCCAGCUGCGAACUCGAGAGGAGGAUGGAGAGCUCAUCCUAGAGGGGUUGCUAAAUAUUUACUGGGGUCUUCGAAGGCCAAUAAGACUUCAGAUGUUUGAUGACAACGAAAGAUUUCGGCUCAACAGAAAUGAAAUGUCUACUGUGGCAAAGCCAGCAUCUGCAGAGUCCAACAAUAACUCCCUGAGCAGAGAGCCCAGACCUGCUGAUGAUGAUACGGGUGGUCAAGAGGAAGAGGACUCACCUCAGCUGCUGAGGACCAGGAGUGACGCCUCCUUCAUGCGAGUGCAGAGGAGGUCAAACACACACACCGCCAGAGACCUGCAGCGCCUGCGCACGCACCGCUUCUCAAUCAACGGUCACUUCUACAACCACAAGACGUCUGUUUUCACUCCAGCUUAUGGUUCGGUCACUAAUGUUCGCGUCAACAGCUCAAUGACGACCGGACAAGUGCUCAACCUGCUGCUACACAAGUUUAGGGUUGAGAACAAUUGUGAAGAGUUUGUCCUCUACAUGGUACAUGAGUCUGGCGAAAGGACACGACUGAAGGAUGAUGAACACCCUCUGGUCACCCGUGUGCUUUACGGGCCGUGUGAGAAAAUCUCCAAAAUCUUUAUCACUGAAGCCGACCUGGGAGAGGAAGUUACAUACGAUGUUGCUCAGUACAUCAAAUUUGAGAUCCCUGUUUUAGACAGCUUCGUAGAGAAACUCAAAGAGGAAGAGGAGCGUGAAGUAAUCAAACUGACGAAGAAGUACAGCUCUCUGAGAUCUAUGAUACUGCAUCAGCUCGAAGGCAGAGGUCACAGCAGUGAGAGAGUAUGACUGUUUUUGUUUGUAUGACCUAAUGUGCACUGCUGGGUGGGUGUGUGUGUAUAAAAGGAAGGGAAGGGUGGGCAAUACACUAAUGACUGUUGAUUUAUUAUGGGAACAUUUCCCACUGCUGUAACGAAUGUAAAGCUGAACAAGUGCUUUUAUUGAAAAAAUGUUCCUUUAAAGCCACACCUCUUCUCCUUAGGUUUUAUGUAUUUUGUAUCAUUUAUCCUUGAUGUAUGAUCACACUUUGUAUACGUAUGUACUUUUAUUAUUGACACAUUUUGGAUAAAAAUUUGUUGUGCACAUAUUUAUACCCUAUGUUUUUUUGUAAUGAUUAAAAAUAAAAAAAUAAAAAAUCCUUCUCA